AUGCUCCGCUCGGUUGAGUCGGCGUACAACGAACUGCUCACAUCGACCUACCAAGUACGAAAGCUGUUGUUCGCUGACGAUAUUAAAAUGUUCAGAGUCAUUGCCACGGUUCUAGACUGCCUUGCACUUCAGACGGAUAUUAACGAGCUGUUGUGCUGGUGCCGCGAAAAUGGAAUGAACGUGAAUAUCAAUAAAUGUAAGGUUAUAACGUUUAGUCGCGAAUGCAGCUCGGUAAUCCACCAGUACCAGAUGGGUUCCAUCCAGUUAGAAGGUGUGCAGUCAAUUCACGAUCUGGGUGUGACCAUUGACAGCCAACUUCGCUUCAACGAGCACGUGUCCGUAACAACUGCGAAAGCAUUCUCCGUUCUUCGCCGCAACGCAACGCACUUCACCGACCCGUACACGCUUAAGUCAUUGUUCUGUGCCCUGGUGCGUAGCAUCUUGGAAUAUGCAGCUCCGAUUUGGAAUCCGUAUCACGCUUCGUAG